AUGACGAAGAUCCUGAGACGCUUAUUCAGGCGGCAGAGAAAGCCAAAAGGAGAUUCACACAAUGGCCCAAUGACUGAAGGCCUCUUUAUUUCGUGCUCUGCUGUUCAUUUAAAACCCAAUCAAAGAGCGGGUCUCAGUCAGCGCUCGCUUGCGUUUGUACUCUCAGCCAAUCAGAAAACCCGACUCUUAGGAUUCAGGGUCAAGCCGGCCCUGAGGGUCCCGUGGCCGCGGAGGUGGGGGAAAUGUUCAACCUCGGUGGCCGGAUUAGACGGGUUGGAGUGCUCUUCUGGGCCGAGCCAGCCCCCUGCACCCGAGAUGCUCGGUGUGCUGAGCAGCCGCACCAGGGGAUGUGGCGGGGGGAGCGCGCCGCCGGCUUACGGGCGUGCUCCUGCUUGGCGCCCUCACACAGUUUUGCACCUGAAGCCGACCUGCCUGCGGAGGCUCAGUUGUACGGAUGCUACGCGCCAACUCCGAAGGCGGCGCCGGCCUCGACCGGUGGUCAAGCGCCUUCCUGGGCCUCGGGCUCCUGGGCCUCGGGCUCCAGCCUCCCGGAGUGCAGCGCGAUCCGAGCGCCGCUCCUCCUGGGGCUGA